CUGUUUUAAGUUAAGUGAAGGUAGUGCCUAAACAUGAAAAUAUUGAUUACAUUUUUACUGUUUUUUGUGCUAAAAUUAAGUUUGGUUGAUGGAGCCGCGCUCAAGAAAAAAGUAUCAUCUCUGGAAAGUUUAGAAUUUAUGAAGAAGUAUGGAUACCUAAACUCAGAUAGCGAAUCAGCAUCCCUCCUCUCAGAGAAAGGUCUCGACAAGACGCUCAAAUUGGUGCAAAAAUAUGGCAAUAUACCAGAAACUGGAUUCUUGGAUAAUGCUACCAUCAAACUUAUGUCUGCACCUAGAUGUGGCUUACCAGAUAUCGUAAGAGAUGCCAAUAGACAAAAAAGAUUCGUUUUGGCCUCAAAAGGAUGGGAUAAAAGGCAUCUCACUUAUUCUGUAUCCAAUUGGUCACCACGUUUGGGUGAAGGCACUGUAAUAAGAAACAUCCAAAAAGCUUUGGAUAUCUGGGGUCAGUAUGGCCAUUUAAAAUUCACCAGAGUAGGGGGUCCUGACGCAGAUAUUAUAGUGAAGUUUCCUUUUGAUGGAGAAGGAUCUGUUUUGGCCCAUGCAUUCUUUCCAAACAGCGGAAUAGGUGGCGACAUACAUUUUGAUGACGAUGAGAAAUGGGCAGAUUUAACCAAUGGUGAGGGUAAUGCUAACCAAGAUGGUACUGAUUUCUUUUCUGUGGCUCUACACGAAUUAGGCCACUCUCUGGGCUUACAACAUUCUCCUGUAGCAAGUUCUGUAAUGUUUUCUUACUAUAAAGGUUUUGAUAAAAGUACUAGUAAUUCUUUGGAUAAUGAUGAUAUUUUGGGAAUGUACGAACUAUACACCACCAAAUCACCUGUUUUGAAUAUUUGCGAUGGAAAAUUCGACUCUGUUGCCUUCCUCAGGGGGGGGUUUUUUAUUUUUAAAGGAAAUCAUAUUUGGAGACUGAAGAGGAUGGGCUAUGUAGAACAGGGUUACCCGGUCACAUUGAGGGACAUGUUUCGUACUUUACCCAAAUAUAUAGAAAAAAUAGACGCUGCUUAUGAAAGACCCGACGGAAUGAUGGUGCUAUUUACAGAUAAAACCUACUUGUACAAAAAUGAUCGUUUCUGGAGAUACAACGAAUCCACAAGGGCUUUAGACAAAGGGUAUCCACAGUCCAUGGAAAGAUGGAGGGGUGUACCAAGCCAUCUAGAUGCAGUAACAAGCUGGAAUGGGGGAGACUUACUUUUUCAAGGACAAAUCGUUUUGGAAGGUCGACACUGAGACUCUAAAUAUAAUGGGAAAUUCGCCAUUAGACAUUGGCCAUAUUUUGUAUGAAUGUAGACGAUAGUUUUAAAUCAAAUGUGAUGAAUAACUGCCAUUUGUGUAAGUUAGGUUUAGGAUUGUUAUAGAAGGAAAAUAAAUUUAUAUUAAUUCUGUAUUUAU